AGCAACCAGUAACCAAGUACCCAUCAAGAAAUAUCAGUAGCAGUAACCAUGAAGAACCAAGUGCUUAUCCUGCUGAUCGCGCUCAGUUUCAUCGCCGCGGGAUUUGGGCAGUCCCAGAGCCAGUUCUUCUGCGGGAGACGGUUGGCCAACACCCUGGCGAACCUCUGCCCCGCCACUGGCAUCGACAAGCGUGGCGGUAUGAAUUCUAUCGAGAACUACGGCUACGCCUGGCCCUGGCUCAUGCCCAGAGCUAAGGCGCUGCAGGGCCGCGCCAAGAGAGACGGCGUGGUCUCCGAGUGCUGCGAGAAGCCCUGCACCAUCAACGAACUGAUGUCCUACUGCUAGUAAUGCGACUCAACUAUCAGAAACGUGAACGCCUCCUGCAUUUUGUACUGAAUUUUAU